GACGCCAUCUACUAUACGUAAGAUGCUUAAUAAUACCAUUGGUAAUAUAGUAGACGGCGCUUAUCAAAAAUUAACUUAAGCGGGAAACUAGUGUAUAAGCCCGCCCCUUAUGAAAAACAAGUGUAUGAUCAUAAGAUGGGUGGGAUCAUGCAGUUGUCUGUUUUAGAAUUUAUCAUUUUCUUGACGCCAGCUAUCCUCAAAUAAGACGCUGCUUAUAAAAUUAACUCGUAAACCAUCCCUUUAGAAUUCGUCAUUUUUUUAAGUUUUUCUGUGUUUUAUGUGUUGACGCAACUAUAAUGAAUAAAGAAGAUCAAAACUGCGAUGAUAAAUUGAAGAUUGUGAAUAGAAAUCGAGAAUAUUAUGUUUCUAAAAAGUUCAUUUGUUCAAUUGUGCCUUACUUUGAGAAAAUGUUUUGCUGUGAUCUGUUGGAAUCAAAGGAAAACAAAGUGGAAUUAGAUUUCGACGAACAUGUCUUCGAUUCUAUCCUCAGUUGGAUUCACACAGGAUUAUUCAUGAUUCAAGUGGAAUAUAUAAUCAGUUUUUAUGAAGCAGCUGAUUACUUGAUGAUCAAUGAUCGUCUUUACGAACCCUGUUUGUCAUAUUUCCAUGAAAACUUUACCUUGGAAUAUCUUCCAGCUGUUUUAUCGCAAGUUACCAAAGUUUCUAAAUUACUUAGUUCAGGAACAAUUGAAAACUUCAUUUGUCGCCACUUCUUGAAAAUCGCUAACACGAAUGUUUUCUUGGAUUACCCAGUUGAGACAAUUGAAGCUAUUCUAAAAUUAGAUUUGGUUGUUGACUCUGAAUAUCGAAUUUUCGAAUCAAUCAUGAAAUGGAUAAAUAAGAAAGCAGAUUUUAGAAAACGAUUACUUCCACAGCUAUUGAAAUGUAUUCGUUGGUCUUUCAUGGAUCCUAAAGAUUUACUUAAAUUAAAGAAUAACGAAUUAAUCAAGUCUUUGAAUAAUAUCGACUCAAUUGCCUCGUCUUGUGUUAAAUCUGAUAUUAAUCGUAGUAAACAAAACUUCUUCAUUUCUAUUCAUCAAAUAGAUAAUUCAAGGUUAAGAAUAAUUAUUUUUGAUCAUGAAUUAUUCUGUAUUCCGAUUGGUGAUUUUACACAAAAUGAUAAAAUGUCAUCAGACUUUAUUCAUGGAGAACAUGUUACAGAUAUUCUAUAUGACUCUGGUACAAAAGGUAUUCGAGUUGACUGGGCCAAAAAGACAUUUCGAUGGCACAACUUCAAAGUGGCUGGUAAAACCUAUUAUACUCAGAUUGCUGAGUUGAUCUCGAAGUUUGCUAAUAAAUCUAGACGUUUUAUCUGUUAUUUGGAAGAUAUAAAUGCAAAAUCGACAACAUCGAUUUCCAGGGAUGAGUAUGUGUUUCUUGAAGCUAAUGCUAUCAAUGAUUUCAUACUGAUUGGUAAAACUAAAGACGAAAAGAAAUGGUUUGGUUCUUUUUAUGGUUACCAUCGAGAUUGGCUCAAAGUGUAUAAAGACCAUGAACGAUCCUUUCAUGCCACUGUUUUGGAAAAUGUUGUUUACAUCUUGACAAAGGAUCUCGAAUUUAUCCAAUUUAAUUAUGAAACUAAAUGCUUUAGUAAGAGUGAACCAUUCAAAGGCGAAAAAUGGGAUUUCAAUGAUUUAAUCUUGACUUCUCAUCAAACAGGAGAUCAUAAAGUGAUUUUGGUUAUUAAAUCAUCUGGCAAAAUUUAUGUUUUCUGCACCAAGCAGAAAAAAUGGCUUUUAAAUCAAAAAUAUCAAAUCAUGAGCGUAUAUGCCACUUCCAAAGAUCCUCGAGCUAAUUUGAAUAAGUUAAUUGCUUUCACCUCAACAUUCUUACCCAUUCAAAAUAUCAAUCCUUUGUAUACACAAUCCCAAAGCGUCGAACCAAGCGCCGAACCAAGCGCCGAACCAAGCGCCAAAAGAGCCGAACCAAUAGAGAGAAGAACCUCAAAUAGAGCAAAAAAACCCAAAAAAUAUUACAUUGCUUAGAUUUGCCCGAAAUGAAAAAACUUAUUUAAAUAUUGUCUCAUAUUGUACAUACAUUGUAUCUCUAAUGAUUCCAACUUAAAGUUUAAUACAUAUCCAUAGUUGAAUCUUGUCUUUUAUUUCUAUCACUUACGGUAUAAAUAAGAGUAUAAAUAAGAGUAUAACCAGUGCAAGUGCAGUAUAAGCACGAGCAAAAGAAAAUCAAACAAAUGUGGAAUACUUUCCAAUAAGAUGUUACGUUUUAUCAAAAGUUGUCAAAUCUAACGAAGAAUUGCGAUAACGAAAGCUACCAUUCAGAUUGGCUACUACGAAAAAAUCAGCAAAACUAAAGCAAUCUUAUAAAAUAUCGAAAAUAUUGGAAAAAAGCUAACAUUUGUAUAGUGCAGCCAUUGCCAUUAUAAGCCAACCCUUAUGAAAAACAAUUGUAAGAUGGGUAUAAAUACAGUUGUCUAUCUUAUGCUUGGUCAUUCUCGGAACACCAACUCUUCGUAUCCUUAGAUAAGACGCUAUUUUUUCAACAAAAGUUUGUGCUUUCAUCUAAUAAAUUAUUCAGAGUUCUCUAGCCUAUUUAGUUUUAAUGUUAUAAAUAUUCUCGUCCACAAAACGCUUAAAAAUUUAUUGGAUUUUCUAAGUUUUUGUGUUUUUUCAUCUGAACGGAACUAAAAUGAAAAAAGAAGAUGAAAAUUGUGAUGAUAAAUUGAAAAUUGUGAAUAGAAACCGUCAAUAUACUGUUUCUAAAAAGUUCAUCUGCUCGUCUGUGCCUUACUUUGGCAAAAUGUGUUUCAGUGAUUUGUUGAAAUCAAAAGUAAACAAAGUGGAACUCGAUUUUGAUGAACAUAUUUUCGAUUCUAUCCUUAGUUGGAUUCACACAGGAUUAUUCAUCAUGCAAAUGGAUCAUGUGAUCCGUUUUUAUGAAGCAGCUGAUUACUUGAUGAUCAAUGGCCGUCUCUACGAACCCUGUUUGUCAUAUUUCCAUACAAACUUCACCAUUGAAUAUAUUCCACCUGUUUUAUCGCAAGUUACAAAAGGCUGUAAGUUGAUUGAUUCAGGAUCAAUUGAAAACUUCAUCUGUCGCCACUUCUUGAAGAUCGCGUCUACAGACAUUUUUUUGAAUUACCCAGUUGAGACAAUUGAAGCUAUUCUAAAAUUAGAUUUAGUUGUUAACUCUGAAUAUCAAAUUUUUGAAUCAAUCAAGAAAUGGAUUAAUAAAAACUCAGAUUUUAAGGAAGGAUUAUUUCCACAGCUAUUGAAAUGUAUUCGUUGGUCUUUCAUGUUUCCUGUCGAUUUACAUAAAUUGAAGGAUAACGAAAUAAUCAAGUCUUCGAAUAACAUUGACUCAACUAUCCCGUCUAGUAAAUCUGAUAUUGAUCGCAGUAAACAAAACUUCUCCGUCUCUAUACAUCGAAUAGAUGAUUCAAGAUUAAGAAUAAAUGUUUUCGAUAAAGAAUUAUUCUGUUUGCCUAUUGGUGAUUUUACACUAAACAAUGGGAUGUCACUUGCAUUGAUUCAUGGAGAACACGCUUCAGAUAUUUUAUUUGAUUCUGGAAGAAAAGGUAUUCGAGUUGAUUGGAUGAAAAAGACGUUUCGAUGGCACGACUUCAAAGUUACUGGUAAAACUUAUUAUAGUCAGAUUAACGAGUCGAUUCUCAAGUUCCCAACUGAUUCCAGCAGAUCUUUCAUCUGUUAUUUGGAAAACUCAAAUAUUAAAAUGCCUACCAAAUCGGUGCUAUGGGAUGAGUUCGUGUUUCUUGAAGCUAAUGCCAUCAAUGAUUUCAUACUGAUUGGCAAAAAUAAAGACGAACCUAAAUGGUUUGGUUCUUUUUAUGGUUACCAUCGAGAUUGGCUCAAAAUUUAUAAAGACCAUCAACGAUCCUUUCAUGCCACUGUUUUGGACAAUGUUGUUUAUAUAUUGACAAAGAAUCUAGAAUUUAUCCAAUUUAAUUAUGAAACUAAAUGCUUCACUAAAAGUGAACCAUUCAAAGGCGAAAAAUGGAAUUUCAAUGAUUUAAUCUUGACUUCUCAUCAAACAAACGACGAUAAAGUAUAUCUGGUUAAUAAAUUGUCCGGAAAAAUUUCAUUUUUCUGCAUCAAUCAGAAGAAAUGGAUUAAGAAGCUUCAGAUCAUGAAUACCUAUUCUGUUAACGCCGGUCGAUUGAUUGCUUUCACUUCAACAUUUCUAUCCUUAAAAAAAAUCAAACCUCUGUAUAAUCAGAACUUAACUUAGUAAUGAGUGUGUCAUUUUGUCGAGCAAUAUUCAACCGUCGAAAAAUCAGGCAAGGUUUUUAGAUGAUUUAAAUCUAAUUAGAUAAUUAUGUUCAUUCAUUCAUCUAAUAGAAAUCAACAUCAAUUCACCAACUCUAUCAUUCCAAUGCAUCUACAAGUACCACAACUCACGUAUCUCAUGUGUUUUGACACUUCCAA